CCAAGGCAGCAUACCUCCCUCUGUACCCUAGACGUUUUAAGCGGUAGCGCAUUCCUUUGUGACAACGCUGACACCCCACGUCUCACUCACAUAUCCCAUUCGUUCUCCUUCACACGACUCAUCUGCCCAAUUGACGAGGAUACACCACCACCGCACAAUGGCUUCUACCGACAUCCUGUCACAGACGCUGUCGUCCAUCACAACCAUCAAGCUCGAGCAGCUACAGAAGCAAAAGGAAGCGUACAAGACGAAGAAGCGCGCCCUCCAUGAGGAUGUCGCCGCCGAGCGCGACACGGCCAAGAGAACCAGGAAGCUGCUCAAGGGGUACGAGGAACUCCGGUCUCUCGGACUCCAAAACAGCCCGACACUGUCGAGCCUGGACGAGUUCCUCGACCAGGCCGAGUACGAUCCGUCCGUCAGCGAGCCCCUGCUGAAAGAGUACGAGGCCGAGGUGCGCCACUACAUGGACGCCCUCACCAACAGAUACGAGUUCGCCUCGCUCUACGGCAAGCUCGUGGAGGAGUGGAUCGCGUCGGGCAGCAGCGACGCGGACGCCGCCGAUGGCUCCGACGUCGUCGUCGUCGGCCGCGAGGAGAUGCACCAGCAGCGCGCCACCUGGGAGGCGUACGUGUUCGAGGCCAAGGAGACGGACGGCACGGCCAUCAAGGCGUACCUCGACGACGUGUUCUCGUCCAAGGAGGCCAAGCGGGCCCUGGACGACGUCAGAAAGAGCUUUGAGUCGUGGCAGAAAGAGUGGAAGAAUCGGGUCCACUUCGACGAGAGCACGCUCGAGGCCGCCAUCGCGGGCAUGCUGCGGAGCGACAUCCUGACGGAGGAAAAGCGGACGACCCUGAGGGACUUCAAGACGAACAAGGUGGUCCUCGCCGAGAUCGCCGACGUGCUCAACAUGCGCAUGUCGGCCAUCGCAACCUGGACCUGGGGCGCUCCUCUCGUCGUGGAGCAGCGCCGGAACCUCAACGGCCGGUACCGCUUCUACACGGACGAGGACCUACUGCACUCCAUCUUUGUCUACUACGUGGGCCUGCAGUGGGCGGUGCAACUCCGCGGCGCACUCAUGGGCUUUAUCGAGAGAGAGGGCGUCUGGAAACCCGACACCAAGCUCAUCUCCAAGGCGGAUGCCCGUCGCCGCCACUUCUUUCUUGACACGACCACCCUUCUCCAUCCGAAGUCCGUCCAGGCAGCGCGAGACUCUCACUUCCGCCGGAUUCUCCUUGACCAACUGCCUACGUCGGUUGACGAGGUCAGGGGCUCGUACGGCAGUCUCGGAGACGAAGAGGGCGACAACAAGCCGAGCCACGUCGCCGUGGUCCAGGACCUUCUGCAUCGGCUCCAGACCGAGAUUAUCAUGCGGACGAAACUGGGGAGCGACGUUACCGUCAUCCGCUCCGACUUCAAGUGGUUCGGCCCAUCGCUCCCGCACUCCACCAUCUUUGCCGUUGUCGAAUAUUUCGGCGUGCAGGCGGAGUGGAUCGACUUCUUCCGGCGAGUGCUCGAGACGGACUUGAAGUUCAAGCAGGACCCGCCGGAUACUGCUGCGCGGACCCGGAAGCGCGGAACGCUCAUUUCGACCCCCCUGGCCGACUUCUUCUCCGAGUCCAUCCUGUUCUGCCUCGACUACGCCGUCAACCAGCAGGCGUCCGGUACGCGCUUAUAUCGCCUGCACGAUGACAUGUGGCUCUGGGGCAGCUCCGACGCUUGCGGCAAGGCGUGGAGUAUCGUCACAAGGUUCGCCGAUAUUAUGGGCCUCGAGCUUAACGCGGACAAGACGGGCUCUGCGCUCAUCGUGGCGAAGAAGAACACGGCCGCAUCCACAGCCUCGUCGGGCUCGCUUCCCCAAGGCGACGUGAAAUGGGGGUUUCUGAAGCUGGAUCCUGCCACCGGCCGCUUCCUGAUUGACCAGGAAGAAGUGGAUAAGCACGUCAACGAAUUGCGCCGGCAGCUGUCCGCCUGCCGGAGCGUGCUGGACUACAUCCAGGCGUGGAACAUUUACGGCCACCGCUUCUUCUCCAACAACUUUGGUAGGCCGGCCCACUGCUACGGCCGCGCCCACAUCGACAGCAUGCUGGCGACCUUCAAGCGCAUCCAGACCGCGCUCUUCCCCGACCACCCGGGAGGCGUCGUCGAGUAUCUGAAGCGCACAAUUUCCUCCCGCUUCGGCAUCCCCAUAUCCGACAUACCCGACGGCUACCUCUACUGGCCCUCCUCGAUGGGUGGUCUUGGCCUGCAGAACCCCUUCGUCUUCCUCCUCGUCAACCGCCGGGAGGUGACCGAGGAUCCAGAGAAGCUCAUGGAUGAGUACCUCGAAGCGGAGGAGCUCGCCUACGCGCGCGCCAAGGCCCGCUUCGAAGGUGACCUCUCCUUUUCUUCUUCUGACGAAGACGACGCCGCACCCCGGAACUACACAACCUUGGACGCCGAUACCUGGCGCAACAAGCCCGAGUUCGCGGACCUGCAGAGCGAACCCUUCAUGUCGCUGGCCGAGUACACCCGCUACCGCGAGCGGACCGUCGGGCGUCUCGGCGACGUCUACCGCAAGCUGAUCGGCGAGCCGGAGGAGACGUUGCUCGAACCCAGUGGCGAGAUCGCCGCAGUGUUUGUUGCCCAGAAGAGGUUGGUGAAGUGGGACGAACUGAGCCCCUACGAAAAGUGGGUCGUGCAGCUGUAUCACAAGGACAUGAUCGGCCGCUUCGGAGGCAUUGACGUGGUAGACCAGGGCCUGCUGCCCGCCGGACUGAUUGGGAUGUUGCGUCAGAGUCGCUUCCGCUGGCAGGAGUGAGUGAGGGAAGAAAAACGGACGCGGAGGAUCUUUAGCUUUAGUUUGCCUUCAUGUAUUUGCAAAGUCUAAUAUUAGAGUAUUAGUU